UCAUCAGGAGCGACUCCGCGGCGAGCGGGACGGGAACGGCGACCCGCAGCCCACAGGAAGGGAGUGAGACCCACUCGACGUGUCCCAGCAUCACCUCAACCCCAGCCGAGCGAUGACAGAGGAUUACACCGGCCUGUUAGCCCAGCUCAAAGAGGCCUACCAGGGGCUUGAGGAAGUCCGAUGCAGUAGCGUUGAAGAGCAUGAGAGAGUCCUCUGCUGGUCAGAGGAGACCCGAGGCUGCAUUCAGCAGCACGGAGAGGCGGCCCUUGCUGCAGUGCACGAAGAACUAGCUGAACUGACGCAGCAACUAAAGGAUUUGACUCGAGCCAACCAGACCAGCCUCCAGGAAGGUGUUGCCAGAAUCCAGGUGAAACAGGACCAGAUUUCUGCACUCUCCCGUGAGCUGCAGGCUUUGGUCUCGCGAGGAGCUGAGACCAGCAGCGCCGACAUUCACCGGCAGGCUGCCGAGAUUCUGUCCCCGGAGAACAGGUUUGUCAUCCUGCUGAAAAGGCCCCGUUUUGUCCCUCGGCCGCCGUGUAGCCCAAAGCUGGGGGAGAUCAUUUCCGAGGAAAGGCCCACCCACUUCUCCGACCCCUCCCCAUGCCUGGGCGCUGAGGCAAAUGGUAGCUUGGCUGUGGAGGAGCUGAAUGGUAGCUCAGACAUGCAGAGCAGAACCAACUCGGAGCAAGCUACGUUUACACGGACACUGCACAUUCAUUGCACCUCACUGCGGAGGGGAGACCACCAGAAGCUGACUCUGACAGAAGGUCCUAUGGCGGGAGACGCCACGGGCGUCCCCUUUCUGAGCCGCAAGGAGAGCGAGGGAGAUGUCGAGACCAUCCUCGGAUCAGGGAACAAGACACCCACAAUGAUGACCGAUGAAGUGUCAUCUCCCUCUCCGUACGUGGGGAAAGCUGCAGGUGGAGCUCCCGGCCUGGGAGAAGGUUGUGCCUGGUUCCAGUCCCCUUGCCCUACAGAAAGGGGAGGCGUUCCAGAAUCCCAGCCAGGGACAGAACCCGCUGCCGAUCCCUCUCCCAGUGGGAUCACUGGAGCGAUGUGGAGGGACAGCACAUUGUCCAUUCAGUGGGAGCAAGCCUCGAACAGCACUCAUCUCUCAACAGCUCCUUGCCUCCCAGCCCAAACGUCAGGCAGUCCGCAAGGAAACCCUCCCGCGGACCCAGCACCCAUGGGUGUCUCCCACCCCGAGGGAGAAGAGGUGCCUAUGAUAGUGCUGGCCGCUCCGGGCUCUGUCAGCAAGCUCUCGACCACAUGGGUCCACCAGAAGACCUCGGUACACACCACCAAUCUUCACCAACCUUUCCUACAGGUACGAAGCCAUCACUGCACCGAAGCGGCAACGCCAAAGCCAAAUGAUGACGAGGGCCACCUCAGCGAGAAUUCCUUGCCUCGGUUACAGACUCCCCACCCAUCCGAUUGUGGGUCCGUUUUCAGGGCAACCGCCGUGUUCAUCUCCGACUCGGACUCGGACGAGAAGGUUGGUGCGGCCGAUGCAAACCGGAGGCGGGUGGAAGGAGUCCCCGGACUGCGUCAGUCACCAGCAGUCACCCACCCUCCCUGUGCUUGGCAGGGGAUCAGUUCUCCAACAACGUCCCGCUGGAGGCCAGAGACCAGCAGCAGAUCCCUGGCUGAGAAAGGCUGCAGCGGGAACUCAGCAAGGGGCAGAGCAGCCUCAGGUGCCAGGAGGUUUAAGCGGAGAGAGUUCAGUAAGAGCUGCCUAGACCUGAGCAACACGGAACCACCAGAGCUCCAGCAGCGGCCAUGGGAGUGCCUGGAGCAAACUAACCUCACCCAAAGGUCCUCUUCCUUCGACUCCACCGAGACCUUCCUCAUCAACUCGCCUCGAGGCUUGGGAGAGAGGAAGGAAGGAGAGGUCGUGACAGCCAGUAGGGCUCAGGGACGCCCAAGGUCUGCGGCCCACCAAAACAAGCCUCAGAUCAGGACCACCGGGCAUGGGAGAGCCCCGGGCGGGACAGAAAAGGGCAGGAGCCAGCCGGCUUGCUCGGGCAGUUACUCACAUUCAGAGCCCAAGCAGAGGAUGAAGUCGCCAGGCCAAAGACUGCCAUUUCAGCCAAAACCAGUGGUGAAAGGAGACGGCAAGGUGUCCUCGCCCAAGGGUUCAGGCUCCCACUCCGGCAGGGAUCUCCGUCUGGGCUCCCACCGUGCUUCCUCGGAAGAGCACAGACGGAACAAAGUCCCCACUGUCGACUCUCGGACGGCGGCCCCGCUCUUCUCCCUCAGGACCAGCAAAGCUCAGAGCAGAAGCGAGGCCAAUCUGAGCCAGGCCUGGCAGCGGGCAGGGCCGUUCUACAGGAAUGAGCUGGUUGGCCAGUUCGGGAAAUAUGGCACUGGCUGGGGAGACCUAAACCUGCCCUAUGGGGUCCACGCCGCCACUGCAGGUACUCUGUACGUGGUGGAUUACGGCAACAGGCGGCUACAGGUGAUGGACAGGACCGGGGACACAGUACAGCAGCUGAAAUUGGAUCGGGGCAUCUACUUCGACGUGGCGGUGAAUGGCGACGGCCUGGUUGUUCUAACCAGCAUCUCACACAGGUCAGUCGAUGUGUACAACAGACACGGUGAGCUCCUGACUGUCAUCACCGGUGCCUUCCAAAACCCCCGUGGCAUUACCGUCAACAGCCAGGACCAGUUCCUCAUCACAGACACCAAGCAGGGCACCGUCUCAGUGCUGACCCUGGAUGCGGACACCGGCCAAACCCAGGGCAGCGACGCGGUGCCUGGCUUCCACAAGCCUUAUUUCAUCAGCGCUAACAGAGGGGGCCGGGUGGCCGUGUCCGAGAGAGCCUUCGACGGGGGCUGCUGCGUGAAGCUGCUGGACGGUGAGCUGCGGCUGCUGACCGUGCUGGGCGACGGCAGCUCUGGCCUCGCAGUCCAGCUCUCCAAUCCCUGGGGCGUGUGUAUUGAUGGCCAGGACAACGUGCUGGUGGCGGACUGGGGGCGGAGACAUUCCCUCAUCCUCUUCCCGGCGCAGGGCCCCGCCUGUGUGCUGGUGGAGAACGGGCUGAGCAGUCCGCGGGGCCUGGCGCUGCCGCGGGACGGCCACGUCGCAGUGGUGGACAGCAUGCACAACUGCAUCAAAGUUUUCCGCUACCGAUAGUCCCCCUCCCUGCAGCCAACCCUCCACCUCACCAGUCAGAUCUACUCUAGGGGAGUAGGGGCAGUGGGGAAAGGCCUGAGCUCUUCCUUAUGCCAUUGGCCUUAUCCCAAUGUGUGUCCCAUGGGUGGAGCACCCAAAAGGAAACGUGGAGUUGAUGAUCUUCCAUGGGAGCUGAGUGUGCACAAUGUGGUUGCUGAAUGGAGACGGGUCAUUGGGUAUGUUUAAGGUGGAGGUCGAUAAAUUCCUGAUUAGUCAGGGUGUCAAAGGUUACAGGGAGAAGGCAGGGGAAUGGGGUUUAGAGGGACAAUAAAUCAGCCAUGGUGGAAUGAUGGAACAGACUCGUUGGGAUGAAUGGCCUAAUUCCACUCCUAUGUCUUGUGGUCUUACGUCUUCUCCCAUGCUUAUCUGUAAUGAUUUUAUCUUCUGUACGACCUUGAUUUUAUGUUCUUAUCCAAGACCUGGUUAAAGCCAAAUGUAAAUAGCCAGCUAUCUGACCUGUGUGCCCCCGGACUGUGACAUUUUCAGCGUACUGAGGCCGAGAGGGUGAGGUGUCGGGCUUGCCAACGUGUUCGAAAAGCAUUUCAGGUGCAAUCUACUGUCUGUCAACAAUUUUUCAAGUUUUGAGGGACAUAUGUUUAAAAUUUAUGAUACGGAUCCUGUCCUCUGAGUUACCAUUCAUCACCUUCCUAAAUCCAGCACCUGCUUUGUCUCGGAACUUUCAGAAUCCUUAUUCUCUGUUACAUUGAACUACAACAGGACUCUCAGCUCUGCUGAUUUUAAUAUUCAUAUUAAUCAUCUCUCAAUUGCAAACUCAUGAGCUUACUAGACAGCCGAGAUCCUACCCAGCAGGUCACUGAGCCCAGGCAUCGACUUGGAAGUACACUUGAUUUAGUAAUGACAUAAAAGGCUUACAUACUGUAACUGCCUCUCUGUCUGGUACCACUAUCUCUGAUCAUUUUUGUGUACUUUUUGAUGUCCUCCUAGCCGGAACCAACCCCACAAAAGGAAUUACAUUUUUAAAGUGGUUUCUUGAUACCGGAACACAUUUCUGAGUGGAGUUCUCAGAGCUGGCUAGUUUUUCUGACCCAUGUGAUCUAAACUGCUAAGUAAGUGGUUGAUUCUUUCAAUGUUAAAGUGACAAAUAUAUUAAACACAGUGGCCCCACUUAGCACUAAAAAGAAAUCACUUAGUAAAACAAAAUCAUGGUUAAGCUCAAGGGAACUCCACAAACUCAAGAGAUCAUGCAGAGUAGCUGACAGAAUAUGGAGAAAAACUGGGCUAGAAGUCCAUCGUAAUAUUUUCAAGGAAAAACUAAGCUCCCUUAAUGCUGCUAUAUGCUCUGCAAGAAGAACCCAUUUUCCCAAGAUUAUUACAGAGAACAGAGGAGAUUCAAGAAUAUUGUUGAACUAUAAACCGAUUGUUGAACCCUGCUCCAACCUAUAAAUAUCAGCAUAGCAACUGCAAAAAAAUGAGACAAAUUCGCAAUAUUUUUUAUCAAUAAAAUUACUUCCAUUAGGGAGAAGUUAGUUACAGAUAUUGGUAACCAAUCUUGUAAAAAGACAAUACAGCCAAUCUCAUACAAAGAUAGCAACUAUGUCAAAAUUUACAGUAUUUCUGAUUCACAACUCUGAGAUUGUAUCAAGAGUAAACUGUCUACUUGCUGUCUUGCCCCUGUUCCUCCCACACUUUUUAAGAACUCUUUCAAUAGUUUUUCAAUUCUGUUUGGAAAAUUCUUAAUACUUCCCUUGAAACUGGAGUUUUUCCAGGUGCCUUCAAAACUACGGCUGUCAAAGCCCUGCUUAAAAAGUCAAACCUUGAUAAUAAGAUAUAUGUAGCUAACUACAGACUCAUAAAAUCUUCCCUGCCUGGGCUAGGUUCUUGAGAAAGUAAUUUUCAACCAAUUCAACAAGUUUCUGAAUGAGAAUAUUCUAAAAACAUUUCAGUCAGGCUUUAGAGCAAACCACAGCAUGGAGACGUCCCUUCCCAAAAUUGUCAGAGACCUUAGGCUCAGCACCGAAGCCAACAAGAUCCCAGUUCUCAUUCUUCAAGAUCCAAGUGCUGCCUUCGACACAAUUGACCACAACAUUCUCCGAGAUCACCUGGAGAACUGGGUUGGUCUCUCUGGUAGUGCCCUUAAUUGGUUUUGUUCAUAUAUCUGAGAGGAUUUUUUCAUCUGCCUUGGAGACCCAUUCUCUAGGAGAUACGAUGUAGCUUAUGCUGUGGCUCAGGGAAGCUCUCUUGGUUCUCUCCCCCCCCAACUCUUGUCCUUAUGCUUGCCCCCCAUCAUUAGAGAGCAUAAAGCCCAUUUGCACAGCUAUAGAAAUGACACAGUCGUAUAUCUCAGUUGAGCCUGAUGACGUUAACACCCCAUCUUCUCUGACAUUUGGUAUGGCUCCAAUAAACAAAUGGAUGAGCAAUAAUUUCCUACAACUCAAAGAGAUCAAACUGAAGUAGUUCCGGCUGGUCCCAAAGCCAAAAGAGAUAAAUUUCCUGAUGAGCAACACUCACAACACGCUGGAGGAACUCAGCAGGUCGGGCAGCAUCCAUGGAAAAGAGUGUUGCUUUGCCCCAGCAUCUACAGAUUAUUUUGUGCUUAAAUUUUCUGAUGAACUUGGCUCCCUUUGUAAAAUCAGAAGUAACUAGUCUGGGUGUUAUCCUUCGUCAGAUUUGAAUUUUAAAUCCCACAGAAAGUGCCCAGAGCAGCAUUUCCUCACUUAAGAAAUGUCCAUUCUUGGUCACUCAAAGGUUUGUCCAUUCUUGUCAUAUAAUGAUACUGAAAAGCUAAUUCACGACUUUAGAUUGAAUAGACUAGAUUACUGCUAUGCACCGUCUACUGGUGUUCCAAAGCAAUCUAUUGACAAUCUAUUGCUAAACUCUUAACCAAAACCAGAUGUGGGAGCAUAUCACUCCCGUCCUAGCUACUCUGCAUCGGCUUCCUGUACUUUUUAGAAUUGAUUUUAAAGUCCCCUUACCUGUUUUUAAAGCUCUCAGUAGUCUGGGAGCAGAGUACAUCACAGAACCGUUUUUGUUUUAUAAUCCUGCUCGAACUCCAACAUCACUUAAAUUCAAACAAUCUCCCUCAAAAGAUCAUUGUCAGGUCAGCUAUUCUGAACUACGCUCCUAAACUGGAACUCAAUGCCUAAAACUAUAAGGGAUGCAGACUCUGUUAACACUUUUAAAUACAAAAGCAAGUAUGUAAUUCACAAACAAGGAAAAACCUGCAGAUGCUGUAAAUCCAAGCGAUUAUUUAGAUACCAGUUCAGUGGAGCAGGUACAAGCUGAAACAAUAGGUCUACCUGGACAAGCGGGUUUGUGGAUCUUGAGUAGGAGGUAGAAACAGUUUUAAAAAUGGAGGUAGAAACACAUUGUGUUUCUCUCUCCCCAGCCUUUUCUUUCCCUUCAGUCCUACUGAAGGGUCUCGGCCCAAAACAUCAACUGUAUUCUUUUCCAUAGGUGCUCCCUGGCCUGCUGAGUUCCUCCAGCAUUUUGAGUGUUGUUUGUAGAAUGUAAUGCUGAGGCUUUAUAAAGCACUGGUGAGGCCUCACUUGGAGUAUUGUGAGCAGGUUUGGGCCCCUUAUCCCCAAAGGAUGUGCUGAAACUGGAGAGGGUUCAAAGGAAAUUCAUGAAAAUUAUGAUUCCAGGAUGGAAUGGCUUGUCAUGUGAAGACUGUCUGAUGGCUCUGGGCCUGUAUUCAUUAGAAUUCAGAAGAUUGAGGGAAGACCUCAUUGAAACCCAUAGAAUGGUGAAAGGCCUUGAUAGAGUGGAUGUGGAGAGGAUGUUUCCUAUAGUGGGGGAGUCUAGGACCAGAGGACACAGAUAGAGUGGAUGUGGAGAGGAUGUUUCCUAUAGUGGGGGAGUCAAGGACCAGAGGACACAGAUAGAGUGGAUGUGGAGAGGAUGUUUCCUAUAGUGGGGGAGUCUAGGACCAGAGGACACAGAUAGAGUGGAUGUGGAGAGGAUGUUUCCUAUAGUGGGGAGUCUAGGACCAGAGGACACAGAUAGAGUGGAUGUGGAGAGGAUGUUCCCUAUAGUGGGGGAGUCAAGGACCAGAGGACAGAGAGAGUGGAUGUGGAGAGGAUGUUUCCUAUAGUGGGGAGUCUAGGACCAGAGGACACAGAUAGAGUGGAUGUGGAGAGGAUGUUCCCUAUAGUGGGGGAGUCAAGGACCAGAGGACAGAGAGAGUGGAUGUGGAGAGGAUGUUUCCUAUAGUGGGGGAGUCUAGGACCAGAGGACACAGAUAGAGUGGAUGUGGAGAGGAUGUUUCCUAUAGUGGGGGGAGUCUAGGACCAGAGGACACAGAUAGAGUGGAUGUGGAGAGGAUGUUUCCUAUAGUGGGGAGUCUAGGACCAGAGGACACAGAUAGAGUGGAUGUGGAGAGGAUGUUUCCUAUAGUGGGGAGUCUAGGACCAGAGGACACAGAUAGAGUGGAUGUGGAGAGGAUGUUUCCUAUAGUGGGGAGUCUAGGACCAGAGGACAGAUAGAGUGGAUGUGGAGAGGAUGUUCCCUAUAGUGGGGGAGUCUAGGACCAGAGGACACAGAUAGAGUGGAUGUGGAGAGGAUGUUCCCUAUAGUGGAGGAGUCUAGGACCAGAGGACAGAUAGAGUGGAUGUGGAGAGGAUGUUUCCUAUAGUGGGGGAGUCAAGGACCAGAGGACAGAGAGAGUGGAUGUGGAGAGGAUGUUCCCUAUAGUGGGGGAGUCUAGGACCAGAGGACACAGAUAGAGUGGAUGUGGAGAGGAUGUUUCCUAUAGUGGGGGAGUCAAGGACCAGAGGACACAGAUAGAGUGGAUGUGGAGAGGAUGUUUCCUAUAGUGGGGAGUCUAGGACCAGAGGACACAGAUAGAGUGGAUGUGGAGAGGAUGUUUCCUAUAGUGGGGAGUCUAGGACCAGAGGACACAGAUAGAGUGGAUGUGGAGAGGAUGUUCCCUAUAGUGGGGGAGUCAAGGACCAGAGGACAGAGAGAGUGGAUGUGGAGAGGAUGUUUCCUAUAGUGGGGGAGUCUAGGACCAGAGGACACAGAUAGAGUGGAUGUGGAGAGGAUGUUUCCUAUAGUGGGGGGAGUCUAGGACCAGAGGACACAGAUAGAGUGGAUGUGGAGAGGAUGUUUCCUAUAGUGGGGAGUCUAGGACCAGAGGACACAGAUAGAGUGGAUGUGGAGAGGAUGUUUCCUAUAGUGGAGGAGUCUAGGACCAGAGGACAGAUAGAGUGGAUGUGGAGAAGAUGUUUCCUAUAGUGGGGGGAGUCUAGGACCAGAGGACACAGAUAGAGUGGAUGUGGAGAGGAUGUUUCCUAUAGUGGGGAGUCUAGGACCAGAGGACACAGAUAGAGUGGAUGUGGAGAGGAUGUUUCCUAUAGUGGAGGAGUCUAGGACCAGAGGACAGAUAGAGUGGAUGUGGAGAAGAUGUUUCCUAUAGUGGGGGAGUCUAGGACCAGAGGACACAGAUAGAGUGAAUGUGGAGAGGAUGUUUCCUAUAGUGGGGAGUCGAGGAUCAAAGGACACAGCCUCAGAAUCAAGGGGCGUCCUUUUAGAAUGGAGAUGAGGAGGAAUUUCUUUAGCCAGAGAGUGGUGAGUCUUUGGAAUUCUUUGCCACAGGCAGCUGUGGAGGCCAAGUCUUUAUGUAUAUUGAAGGCAGAGGUUAAUAGAUUCUUGAUUGGUCAGGGGAUGAAGGGAUACUGGGAGAUGGCAGAAGAUUGGGGCUGAGAGGGAAAUGGAUCAGCCAUGAUGAAAUGGAGGAACAGACUCGAUGGGCCAAAUGGCCUAAUUUUUGCUCCUAUAUCUUGUGGUCUUAAACACCAGCUCAAAGCCUAUUUAUUUAACCUUGCUGUUAAUGAACAUCUUUUUGUCCUUUAUCUUUGUGUGUUAUUUUUUAUAUUCAUGUUUGUACUUUUAUCCCAUUGUAAAGCACUUUGAACUUCUUCAUCCCUGUGAAAAGUGCUCUAUAAAUAAAGUUGAUGUUGUUGUUAUUCUCCUAGUGAUACCUACCCACGCCCCACGGGAGAGGAGUGGGGAGGAUGGAUUAAGGUGGGGGGGGUGGGAAAUUGAGCUGUAGAAAGGGGUUGUGAUGAUAGCACAAGUUCAGUAAGGACGGUGGGAUUGGGGGGCACGUUAGGCAUGAAGUCACACACUGAAACUCUCAAGGAACACUACACUGCCCAGCCCUCCCUCCAGCGAGUCAACGGAGACGUAGGAGACCGCAGAGGC